AUGGACGCCCCACUAUCCUCACCCACACAACGCACCCAGACUGCAGCCUCUCACUGGCCCCAGGCCGCGACAAAGGGCUAUUCCGCCUCAGCCCCCGCCGUCGCCCCGCGCCAGCAGUCAAAGCAGGCCGCUGCCCCUCCCUCCACCGACGCUUUCCUCAAGGACUUCACCCUCGUCGCCGAGGCUGCAAAACGCGCUCAGGUCGCUGUCAUGUAA